AUGUCUGUUCUCUGCCAGUGCUACAAGCUGAGAUAUCCUGAAAACGGUUUUGCACACGAAACAAGCAGGGCCAUAUUGCAUUACGGCGGAUAUGCGUGCUGGGACGAGCCAUUUUCUUCUGCAGAAGACGAAUACUGCGUUACUUUUGAUGAUGAGACAACCUUGACUAUUUUCAAAACGGAUAACUCCCAGGUUAUCAUCAACGGAAUAUUCGGUAUCGAGUCGUACCUGGCAGCCCUGUACAAUCUUUCCGAGAAGCACAACCCGGUUAUAAUCGGCCAACAAGCACAACUUCGCCACGAGAUCGACAGCCUUUUUAAAAUGGGGUGCAGCGUUAAAUACUGCAACGAAGAGCACCGCGAGACGACUGAAUUUGAAUUUAAACAAUUUGCCAAACAGUUCAUCGAGGCACAUAGUCUGGUGCUCUGGCGCAAUGGAUUGCGAGGAUUUUACUUUGACACUAGCCCUACUUACGUUGACGUGGCUCUUAUGAUCACUAUCAAGCGCUUGAUGAUUAUAUUGGCGCCCAUCAGCGAGGAGCUGUAUAAGCUCAUUGGACCUGAGGAAGCACCUGAGCUGCACAAGGUUGUACGUGCGGUUGCAGCGCUGCCCAAGAUAAAAGAAUACGCGAAGACUCUCGACGAUGCAUUGGAAGUUGAUAUGGAAAAAUUGGUCGAGAAGGUCAAGGAGGUUGAGGAGGUUGAGAAGGUCGAAAAGCUCGAGAAAAAUAAAAAGGAAGAUGCUGAUUGUAACUCGGUUGAAGAUAAAUAA